GCGUCGCGCGCGCAGGACGAGAAUACUUGUGAGUGGUGAAGUUGCGCGCGGGUGGGGGCGAGUCGAGGGCGUCGGACAAAGGUUGCUCGCGUUGAGCGACCGGCCGGCAGCGCAUUUGCGACUUAAACAUGGCAGCGGCUACUAGCGUUGUCGUGCUCGACAGGGGCAACAACACCACCUGCACCAUCAAUUUACACGGAGCCACAGUAGUGUCCUGGCGGGUGAAUAAUCAGGAACAAUUGUUCGUUAGUAAGCAAGCUGUGUUCGACGGAAAGAAAGCAAUUAGGGGCGGCAUACCGUUCGUCUUUCCGACUUCAGAAACCAUAGGAAACCAAGAUUCAGACAAAUUACAAGAUGGUUUUUUUUUUAGACCACAAUUCGGAACAUGGACGUACGGACCACCCCACGGCUUCGCCAGGAUCAUUCGUUGGAACGUGGAAAAGACGCCGGAGCGAUUGCCCAGCGGGGACAUCGAGGCGAUAUUCUCGAUAAUGGACAAUGAAUUCACGCGAUCGCUGUGGAAUUCACAAUUCAGGCUAACGUACAGGCUAAUAUUGCGCGAGAAGGAGCUGCAUUUUAAUAUUGGCGUAUACAACCCGAGCAGAGAAGAUCCUUUCUCCUUUAAUCUGCUCCUACACACUUAUUUCAAGGUACCCGAUGUCAGGAGAUGCCAAAUUACGGGGCUGCACGGGUGCACGUUCCUCGACAAGACUAGGGACAACCAAAUCUACCAAGAAGGCCGCGACGUCGUCACGGUGUGCGAAUGGACCGACCGGAUCUACCAGAAUACGCAGCCGGAGCAUAUCAUCACGAAUGUCGUUUCCGGUAGGAAAAUGCGCGUGCAAAAGUACAACUUUCCCGACACGGUCGUUUGGAAUCCUUGGCAGGAGAAGGCGCGCGACAUCCCGGACUUCGGCGACGACGAAUUUCCUAACAUGAUAUGCGUCGAGAGCGGACACGUCAGUAGUCCGGUUGUACUAUUGCCAGGAACGGCCUUUGAGGCAAGCCAGAUAUUACAGGUGAUGUGAGUAGAGAGUGGACCGACGUCACACGUCAAUGCUGGAGGCGGUACCAAUUCACUGCUUCCGACGUCCUCAGCAUCGUCCGCGGUUUGGCCAACGAGCACGGGGUGGCUUUACAUGCCACCACCUCCGCCACCCCCGCCACCUCCGCCGCCACCGCCCCCGCCCCCGCCAUUGCAUCCAUCGCAAUCGUCGCAUCUGCACUCGCAUUGCGUUGCCCAGACUUGCACGAUAUGUUCUCUGAAUCUUUAGGAAUCUUUAGAUAUGAGAUGAAGUCUGCAAACUCUAUGCGAGCCCCCGAAAUCUCUUCGUUUUCCACUCCCCUGAUCGAUCGUUUCCUCGAAAGACUUGAUACUCCUAACACUGCAUAGUGCAGAUUGUAUCUUUUUUUUCAUCGAGUCCUUCGAGGGAGCGAUGAUCUGUGUAGUAAAGACAAAGUAACUUAAUUAAUUUUGUCAAAGAAUCUGUCUUCCUUCAUUUUGCUUACUUUUAUCUUUAUGCUUCAUCCGUGCUUUACGAGGAAUUACGAGAAACUAAAUCCAAAAUGGCCAAUCGCGAACGUGAGGGAUAGAUCAAUUUAUCUCUCUUUGUUUUUCGCCGUCCAAAUAACAAUUCAACAUAGGAUUUAUAAAUAAGUCAAUUACAUUGUCUGAAGAAAAAUUGUUAUCUUGUUUGCACAAUAUUUAUUUUUCUUUCAUUAAAAAUAUUUAAAAAAUUGCAAGGAGGUACUCGCAUAAGUAUUACGCGGAAGAGAAUAGGAUCCUUUUAUUAGACUUUUAAAGACAUUGUCUUAAAGAAAAAAUUUGCAAAACGAAUUAAAGUUCACUUGAUUCGUCACAAUAGAUAUGUAUACAUUCCAUAUAUGAAUGGAAAGUGAAAGAAAUAUAUGUACCAGUUUCGUAUUCUCAUCACGUUUAGGUAUUAACAUACAGUAUAUUGUUUAUAGAUGUAGAUUGAAAUUAGAUAUGUAAGCGAUUUUGUUAAAUUUCCGCGAUAAAACUUUCCCAAAUAUUAUGAUGUAAUUACUCAUUCCUUUCGAUAAACAGAUUCGAUCUAAUUUGCUUGCUGCAAGAUGUACAUUUGGAAUUAGUAAAUAGCACAAAAUGCACUUGAGACAUAUUUUGUGUUAUAUAAGCGCUAUAAUAAAAAUGUUCUCGCGGA